CAGCAGUAAUUGCAUUGUACCUGAGGAGUGUGGUCUGACCCACCUCCAGCCCACCAUGGAGUGGAGAACACUUGCACUCUGUACACUGGUCCUGGCUCUUACUUGGGGCCUUCACGUGAACGCCAUUAGGGCCCGCCGUAGCAACCAUGUGGACAAUGUCUGUAGUAUGUGGGGUAAUUUCCAUUUUAAGACGUUUGAUGGAGAUGUAUACCAGUUCCAGGGCAUUUGUGAGUACAAUCUGGUGUCUGACUGCCAUGGGCCUGUGCCCAGCUUCUCAGUGCAUGUAAAAAGAGCGCAGUUGCCCAGGAACCCACAGAUCACCAGAGUACUGGUCACCAUUGGAGACGUGGCAAUUGACAUCACCAGUAAUCUGGUUAUGGUCAACGGCGAUAUUGUAGAACUGCCCCACUAUGAAGCAGGAGUGCUGGUUGAACAGAGUGCUGUUUAUCUAAAACUCUUUGCCAAGCUUGGCCUCAGCAUCCUGUGGAACAGAGACGAUGCCAUCAUGGUGGAACUGGACACAAAGUAUGCCAAUCAAACCUGUGGACUCUGUGGAGAUUUCAAUGGCAUUCCAAUUUAUAAUGAGUUCCUGAGCGAAGCUCGUGAGAUUGGUCCCAUUGAAUUUGGCAACAAGUACAGGGUCCACAGCCCCAACGACAACUGUGAGGAUCCGUAUGAAGAAGAUGAGUCAGCUCAAACCACAGUGGACAAGUGCCAAGCAUUUCGUGCGGGAUGCUCAGAGUUGCUGGAGAAUGAAGCCUGGUCAUCCUGUACCAAGAUUUUGAGUCCUGAGCCCUACAUUCGGGCCUGCAUGGUGGACAGGUGUUGGAGUCGUCCAGGGGACAUUGUGGAUACAGUGCCCCUCUGCACAACACUGUCAGAGUACUCUCGCCAGUGCUCCCAUGCAGGGGGGACACCACCCAACUGGAGGAAACCCAAACUCUGUGAGGUGAAGUGUCCCUUUAACAUGGAGUACUCGGAGAGUGGUUCCCCUUGUGUGGACACAUGCACACACAGAGACACCAGCUUACUGUGUGAGGAACACAAGAUGGAUGGCUGCUUCUGCCCACCUGGUACUGUGUUCGAUGAUAUCUCUAAGAGGGGAUGUAUACCUCAGAAACAGUGUCAGUGCAAGCACAACCAGGUGUACAACCCGGGGGAUAUGCUGCUACGGGAUGACAAAGAAUGUGUGUGUCAGCAGGGGGAUUGGGUCUGUGAGAUUUUGCCCACCCCAGGUGCAUGUGCUGUAGAGGAGGGAUCACACUUCACUACCUUUGAUGGUAAAGAGUUCACCUUCCAUGGAGACUGCUACUAUAUAAUUUCCAAGGACUGUGAGGAGUCUAGGUUUGUUGUUUUGGGCCAGCUUAUUCCCUGUGUUAAUAGAGAAACAGACACCUGCCUGAAGUCUAUUGCACUGUUACUCAACAAUGACAAGAACAAUGCCUUGAUAAUCAAAGAUGAUGGGACAGUGAGACACACUGGAGAUUUAACACUUCCUUACACUACAGCUAAUCUCACAGUGUUCAGACCAUCGUCAUUCCACAUCAUGCUGCAGACGUCUUUCGGGCUGCAGAUGCAGGUGCAGCUCGUUCCACUCAUGCAGCUCUACAUCACUCUGGAUCACAGCUUCCAGACCAAGACCUGCGGUCUGUGUGGGAACUUUAAUAUGGUGCUGUCUGAUGAGCUGAAGACUCCACAGGGUUUAGUGGAAGGGACUGCAGCGUCCUUUGCGAGCUCCUGGAAGGCUCAAUACAACUGCCCUGACCGCAGUGAAAGGUUGGAUGACCCCUGCAGCUACAGCAUAGACAGCGAGAGCUAUGCAGAGCAUUGGUGCACCAAGCUGAAGGAGAAGGGAGGUCCCUUUGCUACAUGCCACUCUGCUGUUAACCCAGAAGGCUACUACAAGAGAUGCAAGUACUCUAGUUGCACAUGUGAGAAGAGUGAGAACUGCCUGUGUGCCGUCUUCUCCUCCUAUGUGCGAGCAUGCACAGCAAAAGGAAUCUUCAUGAAAGGCUGGAGAGACACAGUGUGCGGGAAGUACACUGAGCACUGCCCUGCUACACAGACAUUCUCCUACCUGCUGCAGGGCUGCCAGCGCACCUGUCAUUCCCUCAGUUUGGAGCGUCAGGGCUGCAGCACUGACUUUGUACCUGUGGAUGGGUGUGCCUGUCCAGAUGGGCUGUACGAGAAUGAGAAAGGUGUUUGUGUGUCUAUGGACAAAUGCUCCUGUUACCACAAUGGAGAGCGCAUUAAACCUGGCAAGUCUAUCAACAUUAGAAAUGAGCACUGUCUUUGUACAAAUGGAAAGCUCAGCUGUCAUGCCUGGAAGGCCCUGGUUACAGACUGUCCUGCUCCAAAGGUCUACUUUAACUGCAGUGAGGCAGGGCCAGAUGAGCAUGGGCUGGAGUGUGCCAAAACAUGCUCAAGCAAGACCAUCGACUGUUACCUUGCAGGUUGUGCAUCUGGCUGUCAGUGUCCCCCUGGCCUUAUCGAUGAUGGUCGUGGUCACUGUGUUCAAGAGAAUAAAUGCCCUUGUAAACACAAUGGCCAUUUCUAUGCUGAUGGUUCCAAAAUACCAGAUGAGUGCAAUACAUGCACCUGUACACAGGGCAAGUGGGUCUGCACAGAAAAAAAAUGCCCUGGUUCCUGCACUAUCUAUGGGAGCGGCCAUUACAACACAUUUGAUAAGCAGACUUUUGGCUUCAGUGGAGAUUGUGAUUACAUUGCUGUUCAGAACAAAUGUGGAAAUAAGACAGGUACCUUCCAUGUGAUCACAGAGAAUGUACCCUGUGGGACGACAGGAACUACUUGCUCCAAAUAUGUCCGGAUUCUUCUGGGAAGAAUAGAGUUUUACUUGGUUGAUGGCAAAAUUGAAGAACGAUGGCUGGACAGUGGGCCAUCGAUUCAUUAUACAAAGAGAAUUGUGGGUCUUUAUAUGGUCAUUGAGUCUGACAUUGGCCUGACUGUGUUUUGGGACCGUAAAACUACAGUUCGCAUCAUGCUGCAACCACAGCAUAUGGGAGAAGUUUGUGGACUGUGUGGAAAUUACAAUGGAAAUGGCAAAGAUGACUUUACUACUCAAGGUCAGCUGCAGGUUUCUAACAUUCUGGAGUUCGUAAACAGCUGGAAAGUGAAAAGUGAUUGUCCUGAUGCUAAGCCAGACUUUGAUCCAUGUUUUCAAACACCCAACCGCCACACCUGGGCAAAAAUGCAAUGCAGCAUCAUUACAGGCAAUACUUUCAAAGACUGUCACAAAAAGGUGGAUCCCAAGCCUUACUAUGACAACUGUGUGAAAGAUUCGUGUGCGUGUGACACUGGUGGUGACUGCGAGUGUUUCUGUACUGCUGUGGCAGCAUAUGCUCAAGCCUGUAAUGAAGCUGGUGUCUGUGUGGCCUGGCGAACACCAGAGAUCUGCCCUGUGUUCUGUGACUACUACAAUGCUCCAGAUGAGUGCACAUGGCACUACAGUCCCUGUCACACACCAUGCUACAAAACCUGCUUGAACCUUGAGGGUGUUUGCCUUAACCCAUUACCCAACCUAGAGGGUUGUUAUCCAGUGUGCCCAGAGGACAAACCCAUUUUUGAUGAGUGGAAUCAGAUAUGUGUUGAAGAAUGUGAUAACGCAACUACAACAACCCCCUACACAACGACUACACAAAUAACAACAACUGAAAGCACCACAUCUGUCUCUACCCCAGAACCUACUACUACCCCCUCAACUCCCUACACAACGACUAAACAAAUAACAACAACUGAAAUCACCACCUCUGUCUCUACCCCAGAACCUACUACCACCCCCUCAACCCCCUACACAACGACUACACAAAUAACAACUGAAAGCACCACCUCUGUCUCUACCCCAGAACCUACUACCACACCCUCAACCCCCUACACAACGACUAAACAAAUAACAACAACUGAAAGCACCACCUCUGUCUCUACCCCAGAACCUACUACCACCCCUUCAACCCCCUACACAACAACUAAACAAAUAACAACAACUGAAAGCACCACCUCUGUCUCUACCCCAGAACCUACUACCACCCCCUCAACCCCCUAUAUAACAACUGUCACUACCAGAGAAACAACUACUGCCCCCACAACAACAUCAGGUUUUACAUCUACCACAGAGGAAUCAAGUAGUACUUUAACAGCAACUACUACAUCGAUAAGCACAACCUCACCAUGCAUUAUCUGUGAUUGGUCUGAGUGGUUUAAUGUCUAUGAUCCCAAUUCAGAAGACGGCAGUGAUUUUGAAACAUAUGAAAAGAUCAAGGCUGCUGGAAAGAUAAUAUGCGAUGCUCCAGAAGAUAUUGAGUGCAGGGCUGUAGUAAGUCCUGAUGAACCUUUUGAUGAUUUGAUACAUGCUACAGGUCAGGUAGCACAGUGCAAUGUUUCAUUUGGUUUGGUGUGUGAACAGAAGGAACAGGUACAGCGUCCAUUCAAAUGUCUUGACUAUGAAAUUAGAGUGUACUGUUGCCAUGAUAUUUGUGAUACUUCGACAACAACUACACAAAUAACAACAACUGAAAGUACGGCCUCCGUCUCUACCACAAAACCAACUACCACCCCCUCAACCCCCUACACAACAACUACACAAAUAAAAACAACUGAAAGUACGGCCUCCGUCUCUACCCCAAAACCAACUACCACCCCCUCAACCCCCUACACAACAACUACACAAAUAACAACAACUGAAAGUACGGCCUCCGUCUCUACCCCAAAACCAACUACCAUCCCCUCAACCCCCUACACAACAACUACACAAAUAACAACAACUGAAAGUACGGCCUCCGUCUCUACCCCAAAACCAACUACCACCCCCUCAACCCCCUACACAACAACUACACAAAUAACAACAACUGAAAGUACGGCCUCCGUCUCUACCCCAAAACCAACUACCACUCCCUCAACCCCCUACACAACAACUACACAAAUAACAACAACUGAAAGUACGGCCUCCGUCUCUACCCCAAAACCAACUACCACCCCCUCAACCCCCUACACAACAACUAAACAAAUAACAACAACUGAAAGUACGGCCUCCGUCUCUACCCCAAAACUAACUACCACCCCCUCAACCCCCUACACAACAACUACACAAAUAACAACAACUGAAAGUACGGCCUCCGUCUCUACCCCAAAACCAACUACCACCCCCUCAACCCCCUACACAACAACUACACAAAUAACAACAACUGAAAGUACGGCCUCCGUCUCUACCCCAGAACCAACUACCACCCCCUCAACCCCCUACACAACAACUACACAAAUAACAACAACUGAAAGUACGGCCUCCGUCUCUACCCCAAAACCAACUACCACCCCCUCAACCCCCUACACAACAUCUACACAAAUAACAACAACUGAAAGUACGGCCUCCGUCUCUACCCCAAAACCAACUACCAUCCCCUCAACCCCCUACACAACAACUACACAAAUAACAACAACUGAAAGUACGGCCUCCGUCUCUACCCCAAAACCAACUACCACCCCCUCAACCCCCUACACAACAACUACACAAAUAACAACAACUGAAAGUACGGCCUCCGUCUCUACCCCAAAACUAACUACCACCCCCUCAACCCCCUACACAACAACUACACAAAUAACAACAACUGAAAGUACGGCCUCCGUCUCUACCCCAAAACCAACUACCUCCCCCUCAACCCCCUACACAACAACUAAACAAAUAACAACAACUGAAAGUACGGCCUCCGUCUCUACCCCAAAACUAACUACCACCCCCUCAACCCCCUACACAACAACUACACAAAUAACAACAACUGAAAGUACGGCCUCCGUCUCUACCCCAAAACCAACUACCUCCCCCUCAACCCCCUACACAACAACUAAACAAAUAACAACAACUGAAAGUACGGCCUCCGUCUCUACCCCAAAACCAACUACCACCCCCUCAACCCCCUACACAACAACUACACAAAUAACAACAACUGAAAGUACGGCCUCUGUCUCUACCCCAAAACUAACUACCACCCCCUCAACCCCCUACACAACAACUACACUAAUAACAACAACUGAAAGUACGGCCUCCGUCUCUACCCCAAAACCAACUACCACUCCCUCAACCCCCUACACAACAACUACACAAAUAACAACAACUGAAAGUACGGCCUCCGUCUCUACCCCAAAACCAACUACCAUCCCCUCAACCCCCUACACAACAACUACACAAAUAACAACAACUGAAAGUACGGCCUCCGUCUCUACCCCAAAACCAACUACCACCCCCUCAACCCCCUACACAACAACUACACAAAUAACAACAACUGAAAGUACGGCCUCCGUCUCUACCCCAAAACCAACUACCACCCCCUCAACCCCCUACACAACAACUAAACAAAUAACAACAACUGAAAGUACGGCCUCCGUCUCUACCCCAAAACUAACUACCACCCCCUCAACCCCCUACACAACAACUACACUAAUAACAACAACUGAAAGUACGGCCUCCGUCUCUACCCCAAAACCAACUACCACUCCCUCAACCCCCUACACAACAACUAAACAAAUAACAACAACUGAAAGUACGGCCUCCGUCUCUACCCCAAAACUAACUACCACCCCCUCAACCCCCUACACAACAACUACACUAAUAACAACAACUGAAAGUACGGCCUCCAUCUCUACCCCAAAACCAACUACCACCCCCUCAACCCCCUACACAACAACUAAACAAAUAACAACAACUGAAAGUACGGCCUCCGUCUCUACCCCAAAACUAACUACCACCCCCUCAACCCCCUACACAACAACUACACUAAUAACAACAACUGAAGGCACCACCUCUCUUAAUACUACUUCCCCCUUGGUUGUGACUCGUGGAACCACUGUGGCAAAAAGUGCAGCAGUAAAAACUACUGAGACCUCAACAACAUCGUCAACCUCAAAAACAACCACUGAGACGCAAAUAACAACUGAAAGUACGGCCUCCGUCUCUACCCCAAAACUAACUACCACCCCCUCAACCCCCUACACAACAACUACACAAAUAACAACAACUGAAAGUACGGCCUCCGUCUCUACCCCAAAACCAACUACCACCCCCUCAACCCCCUACACAACAACUACACAAAUAACAACAACUGAAAGUACGGCCUCCGUCUCUACCCCAAAACCAACUACCACCCCCUCAACCCCCUACACAACAACUACACAAAUAACAACAACUGAAAGUACGGCCUCCGUCUCUACCCCAAAACCAACUACCACCCCCUCAACCCCCUACACAACAACUACACAAAUAACAACAACUGAAAGUACGGCCUCCGUCUCUACCCCAAAACCAACUACCACCCCCUCAACCCCCUACACAACAACUAAACAAAUAACAACAACUGAAAGUACGGCCUCCGUCUCUACCCCAAAACCAACUACCACCCCUUCAACCCCCUACACAACAACUACACAAAUAACAACAACUGAAAGUACGGCCUCCGUCUCUACCCCAAAACUAACUACCACCCCCUCAACCCCCUACACAACAACUACACAAAUAACAACAACUGAAAGUACGGCCUCCGUCUCUACCCCAAAACCAACUACCACCCCCUCAACCCCCUACACAACAACUACACAAAUAACAACAACUGAAAGUACGGCCUCCGUCUCUACCACAAAACCAACUACCACCCCCUCAACCCCCUACACAACAACUACACAAAUAACAACAACUGAAAGUACGGCCUCCGUCUCUACCCCAAAACCAACUACCACCCCCUCAACCCCCUACACAACAACUACACAAAUAACAACAACUGAAAGCACUGCCUCUACCAGAGAAGCAACUACCACCCCCUCAACCCUCUACACAACAACUACACAAAUAACAACAACUGAAGGCACCACCUCUGUCACUACCCCAGAACCAACUACCACUGCUUCAACACCCUACACAACAACUACACAAAUAACAACAACUGAAAGUACGGCCUCUACCCCAGAACCAACUACCACUCCUUUAACCCCCUACACAACAACUACACAAAUAACAACUGAAGGCACCACCUCUAUCACUACCCCAGAACCAACUACCACUCCUUCAACCUCCUACACAACAACUACGCAAAUAACAACAACUGAAAGCACCGCCUCUACCCCAGAACCAACUACUACCCCCUCAACACCCUACAGAACAACUCCACAAAUAACAACAACUGAAGGCACCACCUCUGUCUCUACCCCAGAACCAACUACCACUCCUUCAACCCCCUACACAACAACUACACAAAUAACAACAUCUGAAAGCACCACCUCUGUCACUACCCCAGAACCAACUACCACUCCUUCAACCCCCUACACAACAACUACACAAAUAACAACUGAAAGCACCGCCUCUACCCCAGAACUAACUACAACCCCCUCAACGCCCUACAUAACAACUACACAAAUAACAACAACUGAAGGCACCACCUCUAUCACUAUCCCAGAACCAACUACCACUCCUUUAACCCCCUACACAACAACUACACAAAUAACAACUGAAGGCACCACCUCUAUCACUACCCCAGAACCAACUACCACUCCUUCAACCCCCUACACAACAACUACACAAAUAACAACAUCUGAAAGCACCACCUCUGUCACUACCCCAGAACCAACUACCACUCCUUCAACCCCCUACACAACAACUACACAAAUAACAACUGAAAGCACCGCCUCUACCCCAGAACUAACUACAACCCCCUCAACGCCCUACAUAACAACUACACAAAUAACAACAACUGAAGGCACCACCUCUAUCACUAUCCCAGAACCAACUACCACUCCUUUAACCCCCUACACAACAACUACACAAAUAACAACUGAAGGCACCACCUCUAUCACUACCCCAGAACCAACUACCACUCCUUCAACCCCCUACACAACAACUACGCAAAUAACAACUGAAAGCACCGCCUCUACCCCAGAACCAACUACUACCCCCUCAACACCCUACAGAACAACUACACAAAUAACGACAACUGAAAGCAUCACCUCUGUCUCUACCCCAGAACCAACUACCACUCCUUCAACCCCCUACACAACAACUACGCAAAUAACAACAACUGAAAGCACCGCAUCUACCCCAGAACCAACUACUACCCCCUCAACACCCUACAGAACAACUACACAAAUAACAACAACUGAAGGCACCACGUCAGUUUCUACCCCAGAACCAACCACCACCCCCUCAACCCCCUACACAACAACUACACAAAUAACAACAACUCAAAGCACCGCCUCUGUCAGUACCCCAGAACAAACUACCUCAACCUCAACCACAACUACUGAAAAAUCAACAACAUCCUCAACCUCAACCACAACUAUCCCAGCCACUACCACAACUACUCCAGCCACGACCACAACUACACCAACCACGGCAUCAACACCAACUCUCACUACCCCAAAGCACGGCUGUCCAACAUGGGAUGUCGGCACAAAUGAGACCUUCGAGAUCUGUAACUGCACCUUGGCCCGGUGCAUUGAGGACAACAUCAUUGAGAUUAUCCCUUAUGAGUGUCCACCUCUUCAGAAUAUCACCUGUUCAAAUCGGAGGAAUCCAGUCGAGGGGUUUGAUGAGUACCAAUGCUGUAAAGAAUAUGUCUGUGACUGCUUCUGUGAAGGGUGGGGAGACCCUCACUAUAUAACGUUUGAUGGACUCUUUUAUAGUCAUCAAGGAAACUGCACUUAUGUUUUAAUGGAGGAAAUCAGACCCAAACACAAUUUAAAAAUUUACAUUGAUAAUGUCAACUGUGACCCCCGAGAGCAUGUGUCCUGCCCCAGAGCACUUAUUGUGUCCUACAACAAACUGAUCAUCACUUUGAAAAACAACAACCUCAUUGGAGCUGCCAAGCUGCAGGCUUUGAAGGGAAAUGUUGUGCUGCCAUUACCUUUUGUUCAAAAUGGUGUGAGGGUGCUGGGCUCAGGCGUGAACCUGAUUCUGGAAAUUCCACAGCUGGGAGUUGUGGUGACGUUUGGAGUCACUGGCUUCAGUGUCUUCUUGCCAUUCCAACAUUUUGGGAAAAACACACAGGGACACUGCGGUACCUGCAACAACAACCAGGCUGAUGACUGUAUGUUACCAGAUGGGAAACUUGUAAAUGACUGUGCAGUAAUGGCAGAUUACUGGCCAGCUAAAGACCUCUACGAUGUAGACUGCCCUGCACCCACCUCUAUCCCUACGGCCAAGCCAUGCCCAAUAAAUCCUGUUUGUGACCUUCUCAACACAGACGUGUUUAAAAAGUGUCAUCCAUAUGUGUCCCCUGACAACUACUUCAAAGGCUGCCAGUUUGAUAGCUGUCACAUGACCAACCCUGCUGCGGUGUGCACCAGUUUGCAGACUUAUGCCUUAGCCUGCUCUCAGUUUGGCAUCUGUUUACACUGGAGAAACUACACUGAUCUGUGCACUGUUGAAUGUCUAGGAGACAAAGUUUAUAAACCCUGUGGACCUGCUGAACCUCCUACCUGUGAGGACAGGCCUAAUGAGCAUACGCUGAACGUGACUAUUGAGGGUUGCUUCUGUCCUGAUGGUACAUUGCUUUUCAACAAGGACUCUGGACUGUGUGUUGACAAGUGUGGAUGCUUGGACGCUUCUGGUCAAGCUCGAGAGCCUGGAGAGAAGUUCCAGCUUGGCUGCCAGGACUGUUUAUGUGAUGCAUCAACUACAUCUGUGAUCUGCAAACCAAAGCAGUGCUCAAAUAACAACCAAAUAACCUGCAGUGAACCUGGCUUCAUUGUGGUUAAUGAGACAGACCCCUCAGAUAAAUGCUGCACUAUACUUGCCUGCCGCUGUGACAGCAACUCCUGUCCCAGUGUAGAUGGGAAGUGUAACAUCGGUUAUGCUCCUGUACUUCAAGUGCCUGAAGGACAAUGCUGCCCCAAACUCACAUGCGAGCCAAAGAAAGUCUGCGUGCACAAAAACAUAGAGUACGAGCCUGGUACUUCAGUUCCUGUGGUGGACUGCCAGGAGUGUCAGUGUACCUGGGAUGUGGAUCCAAAGACACAACUGUUCCUGAUCAGGUGUGGAUUUGUGACUUGUGAUGAGACCUGUGAGCCAGGAUAUGAGUAUGUGGAGACAGUUUCUGAUGAAUGCUGUGGCAAGUGUGUGCAGUCCAAGUGUAUCCUUAACCUCAAUGGCACAAGACAUCUAUUGCAGAGUGGAGCAGAAUGGGCCCCUAGCAAGUACACCUGUGAAAGGUACACCUGCACAAACAUUGGUGGAGAAUUUGUUACUACUCACUACAAGAUCCAGUGUCCUCCAUUCAACAUCGACAACUGCCAGCCUGGCACAGUGCAGCUUUCUGCUGAUGACUGCUGCCAAGUUUGUGUGGAGAAGGAGAAGGGAUGUAAAGUAGAGACUAUUUCUGAUUACAUCUUACAUGACAGCUGUCAGUCAGAGAACCAAGUGGAACAGACACAUUGUGCAGGAGAUUGCAACAGCUACAGCAAGUACUCUCAGCUGGGCUCUUCGUCUUGUAGCUGCUGUCAGGCCGCUCGCUCCAGUAACAGAACAGUGACCCUGAAAUGUCUAAAUGGAGAUGUGGUUCCACACAGCUACGUCUAUGUGGAGGAAUGCAACUGUAGCCAGACGAAGUGUCUGCACUGAGAAUCUGCUGUUCAUCAUAGAAAGUCCUAACCCUAACAAAAGCCCACAGUUAUGAUCACUCUGCUUUAAAUUUCUCUCGCCAAAAAUUCAUCUGAUUUCAUUAUUUUCAUAGGUUUCUUUGAUGGAGUAGAAUGACUUGCUUUUAUUCCUUUAUGCUUAUAAUUGAAACAGUUUAAAUAAAAUGCAAUAUGAAAAUUA